CGCGUGCUCAGUCUCUCCCCCGACAUCCCGCCCUCUCUGCCUUAAACGUUACGUCCUCCCCCCCUUUUUUUCACCUCAAAGUUUUUUAUUAUUAUUAUCUCCCGCUACUCUUCUUCCCCCACCUCGCUCUCCCUUCUCAAAGAUUCCUGUUUCCGGGCAGAAGAAGAGCGAGCCUGCAGCCCGGGCGAAGCAGCGUCGUCGUCGCCCUCUUCCUGUGGAGAGAUGCCCGGGGACUGACUGAGGGAAGGAGCGCGGCGGGCAAAGCGGCUUCCCUCAGCCCAGGUGGCGCCCAAGCGAGGCGGGCGGGCGGGCGGAGGGAGAAGCGCGAGGACGGAGGGCGUCGCGGAAGAAGACGUCGCUUCGCCUCGCCUUGGCAGCCAGAGGAGCAGCUUCUGAGGGGAAGCGCCGCCGGCCGCACGCGCGGGCAGGGGAUUAUCCGCCGGCUGUGCUGAGGUGGCUUCUGCUGAGGCACUAUCCUUUGUUGGUUUGCUCUAAAUGUGUUUGCUGCUGUCAAGUGACAGGAGAUAUGCUAUGAAGACGGGGCUCUAAGAAGCAAGCAGAAGUCUUUUUAGUAGUUCACAUAUACGAAGGUGAUAAAAUAAAGAAUUAGCAACCCAGGAUACAACGUCUUUUCCUCAUCGGAAACUCUUGUACAAAGAAGGAAAUAUAGCUGUCACCACCUAAUAGUAAAACGUUUGCAACAAUGGCGGACAAACUACAGAAUGCCAUAUUGCAGUGAAGCUCAACCCAACAUCAUGACUCCAGAGUAUUGGAACUGUGCCUUCAGAGGAUUAAGCAGCUUUUGGGCCUCUUCAACAGAAAUGGACCUAAGGCUUAUUCACAACCUCACCAAGUUAUCUUCUUAUAUUGACAACUGCACCAACAUUGAAAAAUGGGCGUGAACUAAGGGCCAUCAGAGCUCUGGUGAAGAAAUGCAAAUAAGAAUGCAUCCAGUUGCAAUGAAACAACAUACUCUUCUGGGAAAUGAAGUGACCCUAAAGAGUUCAGAUCUGCCUUGAUUGAAGUGUGACAUAAAAUGUUACAGCGGCUUUGCUUCUCAAAAUGGUUAGCGAUAGGGAUUGCAGUUUCUGCUGUCUUCAUGGAUUCUUUGGCCCAGAAUGAUGAUGACUGGCAAUAUGAGGACUGCAAGUUGGCCAGGGCAGGUCCUCCAGCAACAAUAGUUCCAAUUGAUGAAGAGAGUCGGAAUGGCACAAUAUUGGUAGACAAUAUGUUGAUCAAAGGUACAGCAAGAGGACCUGAUCCCACCAUUGAACUGACAUUAAAGGACAAUGUAGACUACUGGGUUAUCUUAGAUCCUAUCAACCAGAGGCUUUAUCUAAACAGUACUGGACGAAUUCUCGACCGAGAUCCACCAAUGUCAAUUCAGUCUAUUGUGGUUCAAGUCCAGUGCAUUAACCGAAAAGUAGGAACUGUCAUCUAUCAUGAAGUUCGGAUUGUAGUGAGGGACAGAAAUGAUAACUCUCCCCAGUUUCAGCAGCAGCAGUACUAUGUAGCAGUCAAUGAGUUGACACCAGUUGGAACUACCAUCUUUACAGGAUUCUCUGGAAACAAUGGUGCCACAGACAUAGAUGAUGGUCCCAAUGGACAGAUAGAGUACGUCAUCCAGUACAAUCCCAGCGACCCAACUUCAAAUCGAACUUUUGAUAUUCCUCUUACACUGUCUGGAGCAGUAGUUUUGCGUGAGAGGCUAAAUUACGAAGAAAAAACACGCUAUUUUGUCAUUGUCCAAGCCAAUGACCGAGCUCAAAACCUUAUGGAAAGACGAACAAGUACAACCACCCUUACUGUUGAUGUCCUUGAUGGGGAUGACCUUGGACCAAUGUUCCUUCCAUGCGUAUUAGUUGUUAACACUCGGGAUUGUCGGCCGCUCACUUACCAGGCUAGCUUGCCAGAGCUCACGGACCCUGCACGUGUGAACCCAAUCAAUGUCACACCAACUAUACAAGCUAUAGAUCAGGACCGAAACAUCCAGCCUCCUUCAGAUCGGCCAGGGAUCCUCUAUUCCAUCUUAGUUGGGACUCCUGAGGAUUAUUCACAGUAUUUCAGUAUGAAUGCGACAACUGCUGUACUCAGCCUCCUAAAGCCAAUAAACAGGGAUUUGCACCAGAAAUUUGAUUUGGUUAUUAAGGCAGAACAAGACAAUGGUCAUCCUCUUCCAGCAUUUGCCAAUCUACAUAUUGAAGUUCUAGAUGAAAACAAUCAGAAGCCUUACUUCACAGAAGCAGCAUACGAGGGCUUUAUUUUAGAGUCCUCCCCUGUGGGUACAACGAUCUCAGAUAACCAGAACUUGACGUCUCCACUGCAGAUCAUAGCUUUGGAUAACGAUGUAGAAGAGACAAAGGACCCCCUGCUCCAUAUUUUUCUAAACGACUACAACACGUUUUUCACUGUGACUCAGACUGGCAUAACUCGCUACCUCACCUUGCUUCAACCAGUUGACAGGGAGCUCCAACAGCUGUACACCUUUUCGAUGAUAGCUUCUGAUGGUGUGCAAGAAAGCCCCCCAGUCACAGUCAAUAUUGUUGUGAUUGACGCAAAUGAUAACUCUCCAACCUUCUCCAACAUAUCAUAUAACGUCAAGAUUUACACAGACAUGAGGCCUGGAGAAAGUGUUAUCAAGCUCACUGCCAUGGAUGCCGAUGAAGGUUCAAAUGGGCGGAUCACAUAUGAAAUCCUGGCCGGAGAUCCGGGAGACUUUGUGAUCAAUGAUCAAACGGGCCUUAUCACUAUUGCUCCAGGAAUUGAAUUGGUGGUAGGACGUUCCUAUGCCCUCACUGUCAAAGCAUCUGACAGUGCUCCUCUUGCACAGAGAAGGAGCUCCAUCACUACUGUUUACAUUGAGGUUCUUCCUCCAAAUAAUCAGAGCCCACCCCGCUUUCCCCAGCAGAUGUACAGUCUUGAACUUAGUGAGGCCAUGAGAAUUGGUGCCAUUUUGCUUAAUUUGCAGGCAACUGAUCGAGAGGGUGACCCCAUAACAUACGUCAUACAGAAUGGAGAUCCUCAGCAAGUAUUUAACCUUUCUCGAACAUCUGGACUUCUAGCCUUAGGAAAGCCUUUAGACAGAGAAAGCACCGAUCGCUACAUUUUGAUUGUUACAGCCUCAGAUGGCCGACCAGAUGGGACAUCAACUGCUACAGUGAAUGUGGUUGUAACAGAUGUAAAUGACAAUGGGCCAGUCUUUGACCCUUUUCUGCCUAAGAACCUUACAGUACUAGAAGAGGAAGCCAAUGCAUUUGUUGGUCAAGUGAGGGCUACUGACCCAGAUGCUGGAGUAAAUGGUCAAGUCCGUUACAGUUUGGCAAACUUCAACAAUCUUUUCCGCAUAACAUCCAAUGGCAGUAUUUACACUUCAGUGAAGCUAAAUAGAGAAAACAGGGACUAUUAUGAACUCAUUGUUGAAGCAACAGAUGGAGCUGUGGAUGCCCGCCGUACAACGUUAACUCUGGGAAUCAAAGUUCUGGAUAUUGAUGACAACAGCCCUGUGUUCACGAAUGCCUCCUAUACAGUGACUAUUCCUGAAAACCUGCCCCCAGGCACUGUCUUCUUACGUUUAGAGGCUAAGGAUAUUGACCUUGGAGCCAAUAUUACCUAUGGAAUACGAACCCGGGAAGCGUUGCAGUAUUUUUCACUGAACAGAUUUAACGGGGACCUGUCACUUAUAAAGUCCUUGGAUUUUGAGUCAUUUCCUGACCCAGAUGCAGCAUUCACUUUUUUAGUGGAAGCCUUCGAUAUUGGGGGAACAAUGCCUCCAGGCCUUGCUACUGUCACUGUGAGAAUAAGGGAUAUGAACGAUUACUCCCCAGUAUUUAACAAACCUCUGUACAGGGGCAUGGUUGCUCCUGAUGCAAUCAAGGGCACGGUUAUAACAACAGUUGAAGCUGAGGAUCUGGACCCUCCGGGGACACCAGCAAGUUGGGUGAGGUAUAAAGUGGAUGUGGUCCAGUUCCCUUACAGUGCAAGUAUCUUUGAUGUUGAAGAAGAUUCUGGACGUGUGGUUACUCGUGUGAACCUUAAUGAAGAGCCCAGUACAUUAUUUAAGCUCGUGGUCAUUGCCUAUGAUGAUGGGGAUCCUGUGAAGUUCAACACCACCACUGUAGAAAUUUCAGUAUUGCAACCCUCAGUAAUUCCAAGGUUUACCCAGGAUGAAUACAGGCCCCCUCCUGUGAGUGAAGGUGCACCCAAAGGAACUCACGUUGUUGUUGUAACUGCUGCUGCUUUGAAUCAGACGAUUAUCUAUUCCAUUGUUUCAGGAAAUGAAGACGAUGUGUUUGCUAUUAAUAACAGAACAGGUGUCAUCUCCGUCAAAAACCCACUGGAUUAUGAAACCGUGAAAAGCUAUUUACUUCGCGUGCAAGCAGACUCACUACAAGUGGUCCGCUCCAAUUUACCUGUGCCAUCCAAAAGUAAUACUGCCAAGGUGUUCAUUGAAGUACAGGAUGAAAAUGACCAUGCUCCUGUCUUCACAAGAAAGCAAUACAUAGGAGGUGUGUCUGAAGAUGCUAGAAUGUUUGCUUCCGUGAUGAAAGUGAAGGCAAAUGAUAAAGAUACGGGCAACUACAGUGCUAUGCAGUACAGACUCAUCAUCCCUCCAAUCAAGGAUGGCAAGGAAGGUUUUGUGAUCGAACCUUAUACGGGGCUGAUCAAAACUGCUAUGCUCUUCAAAAACAUGCGGCGAUCGUAUUUCAAGUUUCAGGUCAUUGCUACAGACAACUAUGGAAAGGGGCUGAGCAAUAAAUCAGAUGUACUUGUCUCUGUAGUCAACCAGUUGGACAUGCAAGUCAUUGUCUCCAAUGUCCCUCCUACUCUUGUGGAACAAAGCAAGGAUCAGCUUAUAGGGAUUUUGGAACGCUAUAUUCAAGACCAGAUUCCUGGCGCAAGGGUUGUGGUAGAAUCCAUUGGUGCUCGCAGAUACGGAGAUGGCUAUUCAGAAGAAGACUAUUCAAAAUCCGAUCUUAUGGUCUACGCAAUUGACCCUCAAACAAACCGUGCUAUAAUGAGGAACGAGCUUUUCAAAUUUCUGGAUGGCAAACUCCUGGAUAUCAAUAAAGAAUUCCAGCCGUACCUUGGGCAAGGAGGACGUAUUUUGGAGAUCCGCACUCCAGAUGUGGUGGCCAAUGUCAAGAAGCAGGCCCAAGCCGUAGGCUACACAGAAGGGGCCUUGCUGGCUCUGGCUGUCAUCAUCAUCCUUUGCUGCAUGCCUGCUAUUUUAAUAGUUAUGGUCAGCUACAAACAAUUUAAAGAGAGACAAGCAGAAUGUGCAAAGACGGCUCGAAUCCAGAUGGCCUUACCAGCUGGCAAACCAGCAAGCACUCCUGCCCAUAAUCUCUAUGAAGAACUCGGCGACAGCACCAUGCGUGGAUAUGCACAGCAAGAGCAACAGCAAUUGCUGAGGCCGUCCCUUCUCCGACCAGAGGAACUUUCUAUGGAAUCUGGAAUUGAUCCUGGCCAAGAGUACUAUGGGCAAGAUUACUACAGUUAUGAACAUGGGUACGAAUUGCCUCAAUACGGAAGUCGUCGCCGAUUGCUGUCUCCUUCUGGAAUGUAUGAUGAAUAUGGCGAAGUGGUCGUGGAAAGCGAUGGCGGCUACUAUUAUAGCCCACAGGGACCUACGGCAGAAGCAGACAGGACAAGUCCUGGUGCAGUUGUUCCCAGAAGAGCUGUAAGUCAGAGGCCAGGGCCUCCAGUAGCUGUUAGUGCAGUAGGUGAAGUGGCGGCUAUAAAGGCAGGCCCCAGCCAGGGAAGGAAGAAACUCAAAGCAGUGAUGCAGCUGAGCCGAAUAGCAGUUAGUGCCCCCAAGCCAGGAACCACCACAGAGGCAACACCAUCUCCUUGGAAGAAGGCAAAGAUCUUCCCAAUGAUGCUGCAGAAAGUGAAAGGGAAAGAUGCAGAUUACGCAGAGCUGGAGGCAGCAGCUCGCCAAGCGGAAGGAGAAGACAGCAUGGUUAUAAAGGGAAGCUAUUUCCAGAAAUCAGCCGGUGACGUGAUCUCGACAAAGAAGGUUGGCCGUGCCCUGAAGCGCACCUCCAAGAAACUCCGGGAGCGUGGCACAUCAGAGGAAGUGAGUGAAUCGGACUCGAAGUCAGGGAUUUCAAUCAGCGUUACGGCGGAAAGCGAGUCUGAAGUGAGCGACUACGGCAGGAAGAAAAGGAGAAGGACAUCGUCGUCUUCAAGUGAGUCGUCGUCGUCCGCAAGCAGCACCUCUGCCUCUGAUAAAGACUACUUGACAGUGACGCUGGACCAAGACGAAACCACUGAAAGCACAGUGGACUCUGAUGAAGAGCGUUCAGAUUCGUCUGGGUCCAGUUCAAGUAGCAGCAGCUCUGAAGACGAAACCUCCGAUUCUCAGAGCAAAGCGUCCGAAGAUACAGAGUCCAAGAUGUCGUCGUCAUUGCAGAGCUCUGUCAGCAGCGAAGUUACUGCCAGGACAAAGAAAAGCAGGAGCUCCAAGUCCAGUCUCAAGAACCAGUCAUCUACAGGAGGAAGUGAAUUAGAUGAUGCCAUAGAAGAACUAUCAGAAGAAGAAGAAGAAGAGCCACCAUCAGCUAUAGAAGAGGAGGAGUCAGAUGACAUUGAAACCUCUAGUAAACAGAGAGGGGGCAGUGAGGACGAAAUUGACCCAGAGGAGGACAGUGAGGCAGAGAGAGGUACUACCAAGAGCUCAGCGACUCCAACAGAUUCUGAAGAUGUCCCCAAAAGGGAGAGGAUUCGGAAGAAAGGGCCCACAAGGAUCGCAGAUACUGCUGAGUCAGAAAAUCCCAGUGACUCUACAUCUUUUUAGAACACAGGAGGUGGAACAAGAGGUAGACAGUGUGCAGUGAGGUGUGGUUUUGGUUUGCUGUGCUCUCUCUGUGUUGCUUUUUUAGGAGGGAGGGAGCAUUAUGCAAGUUUUGGACACAGUUUGGGAACCUGCCACUAGCCAGCCUGCCACUCUCUUCCAUUAAGAGAAAUGUUUUUCAGAAGAGUUAAGGGCUCCUAGCUGAACAGCUUCACGAACUUGAAUACACACUAAUAGGAUUGCACAGGGGCUAAAAUAAUAAGAAUAAUUAAAAACAGGGUGGCUUGUCCAGAAUACAACAACUUUCACAACAAAACUUUUAUUACUUAUUGAUUGAUGGGUUGAUUGAUUGAUCAGGUUGAGUCCAGAUGUGAUUCUUGAUUUCUCAGCGUUUCCUGAUCCUUAGUAGAAGGCGAACUCCGGAGAAUGGGGUUGUGUUUGAAGUGGUGUGAGCUGCUAUGAACAUUCUUCCUCUGGUGUUUGUGCUGUGAGAUGGUUCAUUCACUCAGAAAAGCUGAAGCUGCAGUAAUCAAGCAAACAGCCAGCGUGUGUGAAUUAGCGGUUUCUUUAAAUAUUGGGGGAGAGGGGUAGAUAUGUCUAUUUCUACCACUGUGUGAUUUGCAUUUUCUAAAGAUGUCUCUGUGCCUUAGAAAUCAAAUUGCUUUAUAUAUAUAUAUAAACCUUUUCACUGAAGAACUAUUUGCAUAAAUUCUAUGCCUACCCAAAUUGCUUAUAGCUAGGUUCGUUAUUUAGCAUGGAAACUACUUAUUAACUAGAUAGAUUAUUUUUCAUUAAAUUUACAUGGUUAGUGCUCAGAUUGGGAGGCCAAUUAUGAAGAUAAUUAAUAAUUAUAUUGAAUCUGUUGCAAUUAUAUUUGGCUGGUUUAUUCCAAAGUUUUGGUUUGUGUACUGUAAUUCGAUUAAUGUAAACGAGCAAAUCCUUACACGCAUCGGGAUUUCAUGCUAGCGAGACAUCAUGUGGGGAUAAGCAUGGUUUCAUGUGGUAUAUUCCCCAUCCCCUUUAAUUGCAACAUCCAUGUGGUUACACUUGCUUCAGAAACUAAGAUUGUCAAGCUGUAAAAUACCACUGCUUUCGUGCAAUGAUCCCCUUGAAGUAGAAAUGUCAAGUGCUCUUCAUGAGCUGAUAUUGCAAUACAAUAUUUCAAGUGAUUAAUUCUAGGAGGAAGUGAUAAUGAUUUUCCAAAUAUGUACCCUAUUGGCAUAUUGUACAUACCCUGUUGAUCUCUAAGGCUAGUUCAUCUAUCUGCCUGUGUUUAUGGUGUGAAAACUUUGGGAGUUUGGUUAUGUCUGACAGAGACAGUUAUCAUGGAUAUAACUCUAUGUAAGUUCAGUAUCUGAUCAUGGAGGUAAGCCUAUCAAGAGAUAAGAUGUCAUUUGUAAUCAACUGCCUCAGCUGAAUGUAUUUCAGAGAGAACUACAUAAACCUCAGGCUUUCAGAGAGAGUCCCAGGAAAAGUCACCCAUAUUUUCUGCAGCUUGGGCUCACUGGUUGGCUUAUGGGGUCAAACAGAUCAGCCUGAAGAUGACAUCACACCAUUUCCUGGGAAGAUACCUCAGUGUGUUUCAUUUCCCAAGUUUUUCCAGUAUAGCGAAUCCACUCCUGCCAACACUAAUAGAAAUGCAAAACCAAACAUGUUAACUUGAAAACACCUUCAGUUCAUUAUACAAAUGGUGUCAGGGAACAGAGAUUCUAGAGCAGGCUUCCCCAACUCCUAAUCUUGUUGGACUGCAACUCCCAUCAACCCCACCUAACACAGCCAAUAUUCAAGCAUGAUGGGAGUUGUAGUCCAGUGACGUCUGGGGGGAACUAGACAAAGGCAGUUCAGAAGUGCUUUGUAAUCACCGGCCACCACAGAAAUCAAAAUCUAGAUUCUACUUGCUUCCUCCCUUCCAGGUCAUGAAUAAAGUGUUUUCCUGCAUGCGUCCAGUGAGAGAUGUUUAUAGGAUUUGCUGCUUCACACAUUUCUCCCCCCUCUGUUUUAUUAUAGAUAUUAAUGUAAAUAGUCUCUACUUCAUUUCUGAAACAAAAAUACCCAUAUUGAGGCAUUCCUUGUUUUAAUCUCAAUACACAGUGGUUAACAAGUCAUUCAGCAUAUUUUAGUGCAGUUAAAUUGAUUUUUCUAAAGGAAAUUGUUCACUUACCUAAUUUUGUUUUCUCGUGGAAGCAAUGGAGCUGCCAGUGCUAUGCAUUU